UAUCUCACUCACUGACACAGACACACAGACAAACACACACAUGCAAACACACUCACAGACGCACAAGCAAAAUUACACGCCUAAUAAACAGGCAAACACAAGAUGACUUUAUAUUCCUGCUGACUCAAUGUGGUGGAGAGAGGUCACUAAAGGAAGUAGGGUAGUCUCUCAGCACGCACUCGCUCGCUCUCUCUCUCACACACACACACACACACAUACACAUACACACACACAGGGCAGGGUUGAUUAAAUGAUUUAAUCAUGCAGUAAGUAUGUGGGGAAUGUGUCUAAUUAUCCAACAUGAGUCACUAAUCCUCCUGUAGUGAAGACGGACCGUUAGAAUCUGGAGUUACCCUUGCUUGUCUCUCUCUCUCUCUCUCUUCCACUCUCUCUCUCUGUCCCUCUCCCCCAGACAGGCUUUAUUCGCAUGACUUUAGCUGUAAUGCCAAAGCAAUGCCAUGGACAUACAAAAGUGUGGUUGUUAUAUAUGUGAUUAUUAUAUGUGAUUAUUUUUUUGUUUCUAGUUUCCACCAUCUCUACCAUCUCUCCCUCUUUUUGUAUUGUUAUCUGUUAAUCUACUAUGCUCUCUAUCUAUCUCUAUUGUUCUAUUGUGCUAUCUGCCUGCUGUCUCAAUCCCUGUUAAGAUAACACACACACACACACACACACACACACACAGAGAGAGUUAAGUUCAAUGAGAGAGAGAGUAAGAGACACAGAGUGCAGUGGUGUGGGAAUCCAGUGCAUCCCUUGUCCCCCCUGCAUUAGUGGAUCCAGCAGAAGAGAGCCGUUUGUCUGAUCUUCCUCAAUGCCCUGCGGUGCUGCUACACCAAGGCUUCCUAGCAGACACACUGCUCAACACUGAACAAUAAAUGCAUUAACUAUGCAGAUAACACCGGCUCUGGUCAUCUGCAUUAGUGCGUCCUUGUUUGUUUUCUUUUCCCACACUAGUGUUUGUCUUCAGGCAUUCCCCAUCCUUACAUUCUAGUGACGUAGUGUGGAUUGUGUGUGUGAGUGUGUGUGUGUGUGUGUGUGUGUGUGUGUGUGUGUGUGUGUGUGUGUGUGUGUGUGUGUGUGUGUGUUGGGUGGAGGGUAGGGGCAUUGAUUAUGUUUGACCAAAAAUGUCCAAAAACAUCUACAGUAUUGCCUGUACUUUACCUUGGUGCGACUCUCCCAUAAAUCUAUUUUGGGGAGAGAUAUUGUACCCCUCCUACCAGCUCCGAGUCCUUCUCAGCUGUGUGUCCUCCCCCCAUGCCCCCUCUCUCUCUCUCUUUUUCUCUCUCUCUCUCUCUCUCUCUCUCUCUCUCUCUCUCUCUCUCUUUUCACACACACACACACACACACACACAGAUGGUCGUGAAGUUAAAUGGGCUUGCUUGUUGUCAUUAGCCACGGCAGGACAGACAGCCUGUGUGUGUGUGUGUGUGUGUGUGUGUGUGUGUGUGUGUGUGUGUGUGUGUGUGUGUGUGUGUGUGUGUGUGUGUGUGUGUAUGGCUGGCUGGACUGUUUAUGCUCUGCGCUCUCUAGUGAUGGGCCAGUCAUGGGACCAGCCCAAGCAGACCGCACUCAUGCUAGUCAUAUGAGCUCGCAAAGCGAGGGAGAGUGAGGGAGGAGAGAGAGAAAGAGAGAGAGAGAGGGAGGAGAAGAUGGAGGAGUUGUUUUGGAGGGUGCGGGCCGCCGGGGAGUUGUGCGUGCGGAGCUGCUGCUCCUGGUGCUGCCGUUUCUGUGAGGAGGAGGAUGAAGAGGAGGAAGUGGACGGGAGGAGGAGGGAGGAGAGGUUCAACUGGCAGAAAGAGGAGGAAGAGGAGGAGGAGGAAAGAAGGAGACGAAGAAGAAUAGAAAUGAGUUUUGGGAGAGGAGCGGAGGAGGACAUGGAGAUGGACGAGCUGGCAAGCUACGCCAAGAGCAGAAGUGUGUCCUCUCUACCGUGUUCUGAGCUGGGUGAGGGCUCCUACAGCGAGACGCCCCAACCCCACUGGUUCCACACUCUGCAGGUGCGCCGUCUGAGGGUCCACAGGGGCCGCAGCAACAGUGACCCACUCGGGGGGAAGAGCUUCCAACAGGAGUUUCAAUGGAACACUGGUCUCCAGUUCGGCACAGCCGCAUCCUACCUGAAUCUGGAGAAGCUGGGGGAAGGAACCUACGCAACGGUGUACAAGGGAAUUAGCAGGAUAAAUGGACACUUGGUGGCACUGAAAGUUAUCCGCAUGAAGACAGAGGAGGGCGUCCCUUUCACCGCAAUCAGAGAAGCCUCUCUUCUGAAAGGACUGAAGCAUGCCAAUAUAGUUUUACUCCACGACAUCAUUCAUACGAGAGAGUCUCUGACCUUCGUCUUUGAGUAUGUGCAAACAGACUUGGCUCAGUACAUGUCCCAGCACCCAGGAGGCCUGAACCCAUAUAACGUGAGGAUCUUCAUGUUCCAGUUGCUGAGAGGUCUGUCAUACAUCCACGGCCACAGAAUUCUCCACCGAGACCUGAAACCGCAGAACCUUCUCAUCAGCUACCUAGGAGAACUCAAACUAGCAGACUUUGGUCUGGCUCGCUCCAAGUCCAUUCCCUGUCAGACCUACUCCGCAGAGGUUGUGACCUUGUGGUAUCGACCCCCCGAUGUCCUGCUGGGCUCCACCGACUACUCAACAGCGCUAGACAUUUGGGGGGCGGGGUGCAUUUUCAUUGAGAUGCUGCAGGGGGCGCCAGCGUUUCCUGGAGUGGCCGACGUAUUCGAACAGCUCCAGAAGAUCUGGGCAGUUAUAGGUGUGCCCACAGAAGAGACUUGGCCAGGGGUGAGCCAGCUGCCCAACUAUAAACCAGAAUGGUUCCUGCCCUGCAAACCCAAGCAGUUCCGAGAUGUUUGGAAAAGGUUAGCCCAGUUGCCCUAUAAAACAGAGGAUCUGGCCAUGCAGAUGCUGUUGGCCAUCCCUCGCGAGCGCAUCUCAGCCCAAGAUGCACAGCAGCACGCCUACUUCAACACACUGCCUCCCCCCCUCCUCCAGCUCCGAGACACUGUGUCUGUGUUUAAGGUGCCUGGCGUCAGAUUGGAGCCAGAGGCCCGGGACAUCUUCAGCCCCACCAGACGAAUGAAAUCCUCCCUUGUUCCACUAGCUAAGUGCUGGUGAUGGGACCCUCAUGUAGAGACAUGCACACACACUCUGACACACACACACACACACACACACACACACACACACACACACACACUCAUACACACAUAC